CUUCAUCGCCGCUGGCUUAACGCGCUCAGUGGAACGCGUGCCCGCGCGCCGGUACACGUGCUUACCUAGUAAUUAAUAAUCAGAUCUCAGUGAUAAACUGUUUCUAUAACUGCGCGCGAGGACUUUUAUCAAACGCGUUUCUCGGUGUAGCAGUGUCCCUCUCUGCUCUCCGUUACACCUCGCAGUAGCGCUGCUGCUCGCUCUCACGCGCCCGGACUGUGAGUUGGUGUGUGUGUGUGUAACUGUAACCAGGUGUGUUCAGGUGUGUGCUGUCGGUGUGGGUGAUGUCUGAGGAGAGCAGGAAGCGAGGUUGGCGCGCUCAGGCCCGGGGGGGUAAGCGUGCGAGGCGUGAGCGGGCGCUGUGUACAGGGAUGCAGGGCGUACUGAUCACCUGUAACAUGAACGCGCAGAGGUGCACGGCGGAGGCGUACAGUCUGCUGGGGGAGUACGGGGACCGGCUGUACGGCCCGGAGGAGCUCGGAGAUCCUCAGAGCAGCAACAGCGACGAGGAACAGGACGAGGACGACGUGGAGGCGGCGCUGAAGAAGGAGGUGAUGCAGCUCCAGGGGUCCAACAAGAAACGGAAACGCAGAUUCCAGGCGGUGGACAGCGGAGCCAACAACGUCGUCUUCAUUCAAACUCAUCACGUCGAUCCUGAGAAGCUGGUGCACCACAUCCUGCAGGACAUCUACCAGACGAAAAAGAAGAAGUCCCGGGUGAUCCUGCGGAUGCUGCCGGUGAGCGGGACCUGCAGGGCGUUUCCUGAGGACAUGGAGAAAUACCUGAGCUACUAUCUGGAGCCGUGGUUCAAAGCUCCAAACCACGCCUCCUACCAGAUCAACUUCAAAGCCCGGAACAGCUCCCAUAACAAGAGGGACGACGUCAUCAAAGCCCUGGCAGGUCUGGUGGCGAAGCUGAACCCGGAGAAUAAGGUGGAUCUGACGGAUCCGGAGCUCACCAUCAUCGUAGAGAUUAUAAAGUCGGUGUGCUGCGUCAGCGUCGUCCGUGACUACACGCUCUUCAGGAAGUACAACCUGCAGGAGGUCACCAGAGAGCCGGCCAAUGAGAAUCAAAGGGCAGCCAAGAGCAAGGCGGAGCCAACUGCAGACGAGGCGAGGCCUGAGCAUGAGAAGGAGGUGGUGGAGGCGGGGUCAGAGCAGAAGGAGGCAGGGCAAAAUAUAGAGGAAAAAGAGGGUGGGACUGAUGGUGAGAAGGAAACUGAAGCUGUUGCUCAGGGCAACGGGAGUAAAGAGGCGGAGCCAGAGUGAUUGACAGUGUGACAGAUAGGAGAAGACUCUGACCAGUUUUAAAAACACUAUGGACUGGGAGAGUGCGCUGAAUCUGAGUCAGAGUUUUCUGUGUGUUUUGGUUUUAAUUAUAGUGGGUUUUUUUUUUGUUUUGUUUUUAAAUCGUAAUUUUGUGUUUCGAAAAGUAGUUUUAUUUCCUCUCAAUUUUGUUUACAGAAGUCUGGAUUGUUGUUUUUAUGCUGUUUACUUUGUUUUGCAGCUGUAAAUAAACAGUUAAUUGUC